AGACCGCACAAUGCAACACACCAAGAACAAUGCUUUCUCCAAAAAAAUCCUCACCCUAUUCUACUCUUAAGAAAAUGAAAAGAAUGUCUCAAAAAGUGUUUGAUUACAGGCAACUUAGGCGCAGUGCCAAAUCUCCCAUCUUUUCCGUCGUCUCAUUUGCCGUCAUAUUCUUCAUCAUCUAUGCAGACAACAUUGUCUUCAACCUUCCCAUGCAUCCUGUUGACUUGAGAAUUCGUGAACUUCUUGAUUACCAUAACACUGAAUUACCUCAGGAGCAAAUCGACAAAAAGGUUAACGAAGUUGCUGAAGAAAUUUCUGAUCCUUUGUUGCCUCCAGACAAUGUCACAAAAAACGAACGGCUUAUGUGGUUCCGGCGCAAACUCCCAGAGCUAGAGAUACUCAAAUCAAACAAUUUAGCAAAGCAAUUCCACGGUCGAGUACUCGAGUUCCUCAACCAUCGAUGUAGCGUUCAGUUCUACAUGAUUUGGUUUUCGCCGGCAACCAGUUUCGGAAAAAGAGAAUUCUUGGCAGUGGACAGCCUCUUCAACUCCAACCCUAAAGCAUGCUUGAUGAUCCUAUCGAAAAGCAUGGAUUCAGGACGAGGGUACAGAAUCAUGAAGCCAAUACUAGAUCGAGGAUUCAAAGUACUCACGCUGACACCAGACCUGCCCUUCCUAUUAAAGAACACCCCAGGUGAAGUUUGGCUAGAAGAAUUGAAGAGUGGGAAGCUGGACCCCGGAUACAUCCCGUUAUCUCAAAACCUAGCCAAUCUAGUUAGGCUAGCAAUGCUGUACAAGUACGGAGGAAUCUACUUGGACACAGACUUGAUACUUCUGAAGGAUUUCUCAGCAUUGAGGAAUGCAAUUGGAGCGCAAAGUUUAGAUUCGGAGAAUAAAAAUGCAAACAUGCUAAAUAAUGCAGUCAUGGCCUAUGACAUAAGUCAUCCAGUUCUACUAGACUUUUUAGAUGAAUUUGCUUCUACUUUUAAUGGGAAUAAAUGGGGUCACAACGGACCAUACUUGGUGACUAGGGUAAUUGGGAGACUAGGCAGGAGUGCAGGAUCGGUUGAUUACAACCUUACUAUCUUGCCUCCCAAGGCAUUUUAUCCGGUGCACUGGAAUCAGAUACGCGUUCUUUUUAGGAAGCCGCGGAAAGGGUCAGAAUUGAGAUGGGUAGAAAGCAUGUUGAAGGAGCUAAAUGAUGGAGACACUUACGCUUUGCAUUUGUGGAACAAGAGAAGUAGGGACUUGGCCAUUGAAGAGGGGAGUGUCAUGGCCAGAUUAGUCUUAGACAACUGUGCCGUUUGCCCUAGCAUAUCUAAUCCUUAAAGUAAUAUUUAUUUGGCACAAGAUGGUGAAGGUGAAGCCUAUAUACUUAAGCAAAUUGUCUUGUCGUUGGAAUUCAUAUUAGAAAUAAAAAAGUAAUCCUAAAAGAAUUAGCUAACCCACCGUGUAAAUUAGGACUCAUUUGGAAGUGUUUUUAAAAUGACUGAAAGCAUUUUUAAUGAAAUUGAUUUUGAGUUCCAAAAACACUUUUAAAUGGUUUUUUUAAAAGAAGCACCAGAUAUGUGCUUCUUGUAGGAAGCACUUAAAGUGCAUUUCUAGGAUCCUUUUGGAUUUUUACUAAGGAUUGAUUUCAAAAAUAUUUUCACCAAAAACGCAUUCAAUUAUUUUAUAAGCACAUCCAAACAAGC